CGUAAGUAAACCCAUCACUGCUGUUAUCAACUUGAUUUUCUUUUCAAAUAGGUCUACCAGUGGCAUUCUGUUUAUUGCCAAAUCGGCGUACAACAACAUAUGUGGAUUUAUUUCAACGUUUUAAGGAAGAAGCAAUACGAAAAAACAAGAUCUUUAAACAAAAAUAUAUUGUCUCAGAUUUUGAAUUAGCACUUGUUUCAGCGGUGCAUACAGAAUUUCCAAAUUCGUUGCACUCGGGAUGUUAUUUACAUUUUCUUCAAGCGGUUCACCGAAAUAUUGCUAACUUGGGUUUGGUAUCUGAAUACAAAGAAAAUGAAACAAUACGUGAACAAUGUCUGCAAUUAAUGGCAUUAUCUCCCAUGCCUCCAGCGGAAGUUGAGAAGCAGUUCAAGCGUAUUCGUGCAUUAUCAUCUGAUUCACUGGAUGAUUUGUUCACGUAUUUUCAACGUCGAUUUGAAGCAUUAAACAACAGAUAA